AUGUUAAGACAUUUAACUAGAAUGCCUUCAGGGAAACCUGGGGCAUUGAUGAGAAGAUUUCAAUCAUCUAUAACAGAAGGUGAUACUAAGAUACCAGAAACUAUCACAAUUGUACCGAAGAUCGAAAGUUUGACCGAACAACAGUCGUACGAUCCAGAUUUCCAAGUAUCGUUAGUGGGCCAUUUACAAUCAAGGUACCUCGUCGAAUCCAUUACCAAUGAUGAUUUAUAUAAAUUGACAGCCGAAGAAUCUAAUGCCAAAUUCAAAUUAUAUUGCGGUGCUGAUCCUACAGCCAAAUCAUUGCAUCUUGGAAAUUUACUUCCUUUGAUGAUUUUGUUACAUUUCAAUUUGAGGGGCCAUGACAUUGUUACUUUAGUAGGCGGUGCCACUGGUGCCGUAGGAGAUCCUAGUGGUAGAACCACCGAGAGAAGUCAGAUGGAAGAGAAAGAAAGAUUGGAUAAUGUGGAAAAUAUUCAAAAUCAAAUGACUACAUUUAUAAGUCGUGGAAUAGAAUAUGCCAGGUCUAGAAACUAUCCCAUCAAGAAUUUAGGACAAUCUGAGUCACUAAACAACAAUUCAUGGUGGAAGGACAUAAAAAUGUUGGACUUCUUAGCCACAUAUGGUAAACAUAUUCGUGUGUCAGCUAUGUUAGGAAGAGAUUCCAUCCAAUCAAGAUUAGAAUCCCAGAGUGGGCUUGGAUUCAACGAGUUCACCUACCAAAUUUUACAGGCAUAUGACUUCUGGCAUAUGUUCAAAAACAAUAAAGUCAAUAUGCAAAUCGGAGGUAAUGAUCAAUGGGGAAAUAUCACUGCUGGUGUUGAUUUGAUUUCAAGAUUACAAAAAUCUUCGAAAACUAAUAAGAAAGAUACUGACUUGCCCUCAUAUGGGAUGACCGUCCCUUUGUUAACCACACCUUCUGGGGCCAAAUUUGGUAAGUCUGCUGGAAAUGCCAUUUUCAUCAGCGAACAAGCCACAAGCCCUUAUCAAUUAUACCAAUAUUUCAUAAAUGUUCCCGAUGAAAUGGUUUCGAAGCUCUUGAAGUGCUUCACAUUGUUACCGAUUUCCACCAUUGAUAACAUCGUCAUGGCUCAACACAAAGAAGAUCCUGCUUAUAGAAUUGCACAAAGAGUUUUGGCCCGUGAAGUUACAGAUUUGGUACAUGGUGUUGGUGUGGGUGACGAGAUGGCAUACAUUACCAGUUUCUUAUUCCCCACCCCUGACCAACCUUUCAACGAGUCUUUGUCUGCAGACAAAUUAUUGAGAGCUUUUAGAAAGUCAGGUAUCCUUUCCAAAUUUAGUUGCAAUGAAUUACAAUAUGACGAAUUGAAAUUGAGUACCUUGUUGGCAAAAGUUAUGAACAAAUCAAGAACUGAAACCAAAAACCUCAUUAAAUCUGGAGGUAUGUAUAUCGGAAUCGAGAGAAAUCAAAUCGAUGAUCCAGACGAUUUAUUGUUAUUUGAUAGAGAUUACUUACUCGAAGAUAAGUUAUUGUUAAUAAGAACAGGUAAGCAAAAAUAUCACGUAGUAGAGUUCACCGAUUAA